AUGCCCACUGGAGCUCGCCCGAGUUCACCAAAGCCCUCUAUGAAAACUGUGGAGGACACGGUAGAAGCGGAAAACGGCAACGCCUUUUCUGGACCUAUCAAUUUCGAAGAAUCCACCGAGGAAGAGAAGAAACUUGUUAGGAAGAUUGAUCUCUUCCUCAUGCCAACCAUAUGGGCUGUGUAUUUACUCAGCUACAUGGACCGAUCAAACAUAGGCAAUGCCCGCGUAGCCGGAAUGGGCGAUGCUCUCGGGAUCACCGACAACACAUACUAUCUGGCCGUGGUCAUCUUUCAAAUCGGAUAUGUUCUAGCCGAGGUGCCCUGCAACAUGAUUCUGUCAAGGUCACGGCCGUCCAGGUUCAUCCCAAUCAUAAUGGUUAUUUGGGGCGUCAUCUGUGCCGCAACAGGCGCUGUGAAGAGCUGGGAACAACUCGUUGGGAUUCGCCUCGUUCUCGGGAUCUCAGAAGCGGGCUUCAGCCCCGCGGUCAUGUUCAUCAUAUCGAGCUGGUAUCGAAAGUCAGAGCAGUCGAAACGUUUCGUCGUUUUCCACAGCGCUGGGAUUGCGUCUGGCGCGUUCGGUAGCAUUCUUGCCGGUGCGAUCACGGCAGGCAUGGAUGGAGCUCUGGGAAUGGAGGGAUGGCGAUGGUUGUUUAUAAUUGAGGGCGUUGCUACGGUGGCAUUUGCAUUUGUCGUCCCGUUCGUUCUCCUCGACUACCCUCUCACGUCGAAACGCCUUACCCAAGACGAGCGUCUACUUGCCUACUCUCGCCUUCAAGCAGACGGCAUCACAAGUCGAAAUGAUGAUAAUGAACAGCUUGGCCACUGGAAGGCGCUUUGCGUCGCGGUCACAAACUGGAGGAUCGUCCCUCUGACACUGGGUUCUAUGACAAUCAUCGGGUCCAUGUCCCUUGCCUACUUCUACCCAACAUUCACGGAGCUACUUGGAUAUAGUCGCCGAGACGCUCAAUAUAUGACGGCACCGAUAUACGGCGUAGCACUUGUAAUCGCCAUUGCCCUCUGCAUCGUCGCGGACAAGCUGCCGGAUUAUCGCGCCAUAUUCAGCUCCGUUGUUCUAUUCGUCUUCGGUACUUUAUUCUGCGCACUUGCGGCGGGUAUAUUCACACCGGUUGCGAAGUACAUGUUUCUCUGCUUCAUCAAUACCGCCGUCUGGGCUGGAAACUCGCUUUCACUCUCUUACACCAGCACUGUUCUCGGUGUUGUGGAGCCAGAAGUCAGGGCGAUUUCUUUGGCUGUCGUCAACGGUUUCGCCAACUUGGCUCAAGUUUACGGAACGUACAUCUUCACUGUCUCGAAACCUCCUCAGUAUGUCUUUGGCUUUGCGAUCUAUUCAGCCAUCUUCGCUGUCGGUGGAAUCAUCUACCUGGGGUCCUUCUUUGCUCUACGGAGAUGGCCAUACCAAGCUCGAUGA